AUGUCUUCGUUCUACGAACCUCAGGGCUGGCAAGCACCCGCUGCGCGCCAGGUCUCUUGGGAGCAGCCGGCGCCUCCCUCCCGGUCAGGAUCGAGUUCGGUCUCCCAGCGCGAGGAUAUCCCGGCCUUUUCCUCCCAAUUUGACGAGGUCGAUCGUGCGAUCGACAAUCUCGUCAAGAGCGGGAAGUUGUGGAAUGCUCCUCGGCGGGAUUCGAUGCCCAUGAUGAUGGGCCGGCCCUACCCCGACUACGACCCUCGCAUGGGUGGUGGCCCUCAGCGACACCAUUCGAUCAGCGAGUUCGAUGGCAACCGCAUGCCCCCGUCUGGCAAUGCCCAGGGUUUCUAUGCCUCCCAGCGGUACCAGGGUCGUCCCAACGAGGUGGAACAGAUGAUGCAGGCGAAGCGUCGGAUGGCAGCACAGCGUGAGAGGGAACUCCGCAACUAUCACCAGGAGCAACAGUACAACCGAAGCCUCCUCGCCGAGAUGUCUGCAUCCAAAUCCGACCGCUCCACCAGCCCAGCUGCCGUGAGCGAGGACAGCCGUCGCGAACUUCUCGCCCGCCAGCACCGCGCCCUGUACGGCAACGAAAGCCCAGCCUUCUUCCCGCCCGGUGCCUUCUCCGAUGAUAACCCACGCCCCGAUAGCCAGGCCGGCGGCACCCCUCGUCCGGUCGAUGCCACCACCGGCCUGCAGUCGCCCUCUCGCGCCAACAGCACCUCCUCGCCUAGCUCCGCCAUCAACGCCAGCUUCGGCGAGCAGCCUGUAACCUCGGCCUCGUCACCCGGCGCCGACUCGCCCUCAUCCCGCCAAGCUGCUUCCAAGCCCGUCGCUGGUCCCAUUGGCUCCGUCGGUCCCAUCGGUUCCCGCCCUGCCCCGGGCCAGAUAUCUGCGCCCGCUGCCAACCCCGCAUUGAACAAGCGCUCUAUCACCCCUCUCCCCUCGCCGCUUGGGCUCGGUUUCACUCCCGCUGACUCCACUACCGGCCCCGCUACCGAGCGCACCUCCUCCGCAGGCCCUAGCCCAGCUGUGACCUCUGCAGCUGGCACCCCUGGUGCCAAGGACCAGGCUGGUGGUGUUGGCCUCGGCUGGAGCAACGGCAGUGGCGUCUGGAGCUCGAAGAGCGGACUCGGCGUGCAAGCUUCUGUUUGGGGAUAA